UUGAGAGAGUGUUUAAUGGUUUUCCUUUCCUUCCCAGAAUUGUUUGAGAAGAAGAAUUAUGAGCUGAGAAUAGCAGGAGGUGCUGUGAGGGAUUUACUAAGUGGAAUGACACCACAAGAUAUAGAUUUUGCCACUACAGCUACACCAGCAGAGAUGAAGGAAAUGUUCACAUCUGCAGGUGUUCGUCUGAUCAAUAACAAAGGAGAAAAACACGGAACCAUUACAGCCAGGCUCCAUGAACAGAAUUUUGAAAUUACUACUCUUAGAAUAGAUGUUGUCACUGAUGGACGACAUGCAGAGGUUGAAUUCACCACUGACUGGGAAAAAGAUGCUGAAAGAAGGGAUCUGACUGUCAAUUCCAUGUUCUUAGGUUUGGAUGGGAUGCUGUAUGAUUUUUUUAAUGGAUAUGAAGACUUGAAAAACAAGAAAAUUAGAUUUGUUGGAAAGGCAAGUGAGAGAAUACAAGAAGAUUAUUUAAGAAUCCUGAGAUACUUGAGGUUUUAUGGAAGAAUCGCAGAAAAACCUGGUGAUCAUGAACCUAGUACGCUGCAAACAAUUAAAGAAAAUGCCAAAGGUUUGGCUGGAAUAUCAGGAGAAAGAAUUUGGGUGGAACUGAAAAAAAUUCUUCUUGGAAACCACGUAAAUCAUUUGAUUCGACUUAUGUAUGAGCUGGAUAUUGCCCAAUACAUAGGACUACCACUUGAUGGAAAUUUAGAGGAACUUGACAGGGUCACUAAAAGCAUUCAGAAUCUGUGUCCCAAACCAAUGACAGUUCUGUCGUCGUUGUUCAAGGUGAAGGAUGAUGUCACAAACCUUGAUCUGAGGCUGAAAAUCUCUAAAGAAGAAAAAAACCUUGGCCUUUUCUUAGUGAAACACCGGCAAGAGUUAACCAAAGCUAUGGGUCCAGAACCACUUCGACCGUAUCAGGACUUCAUAAUGGAUUCUAGGGAAGCUAAUACAAAUUCCAAGAUUUGUGAACUUCUAAAAUACCAAGGAGAAGAACAUCUUUUAAGAGAAAUGCAGCAAUGGACUGUUCCUUCUUUUCCUGUCAGUGGCCAUGAUUUAAGGAAAAUGGGGGUGUCUUCUGGAAAAGAAAUUGGAACGACGUUACAGCAGUUACGGGAUGAAUGGAAGAAGAGUGGAUACCACAUGGAUAAAGAAGAACUGUUAAGUUGCCUGAAGAAGUUGUAAGAUGGAAUAAUAGAGAACUGUGCCGUCUUCUAAGUGUAACUGAGAUACCAGUAAAUACUCUGUCAGUGGUGGUGUAGCCAAUACAGCAUCUGUCGUAUUCUUUGGACAGCACCUUUCUCCUGUUAUUAAUUUGUAAUUUCUGCAAGAAGUUUAAUUUUGUAGUCAUGUAAAAUGUUAAUUGCCAGAUUCCAGUCUCUACUUCUUUUUUCUUGUAUUUUGAAGAUAAGUAUGAUUACUUUGUCUUGACUCUGGGGCAUUAGAGGUGACACCAAGACUUUUCUCACUCUGACUUUGCUGUAUCUAAGAAAAAAAAAAGAAAAAAAAGUGUUUCUGUCCUCUAGAUAAAAUCACAGGGGGUUUUUGUGCCUAGAAGAGUGACAAAGGGGCUAGAAAUAAUGAGCUCUCAAUCUUUUUGUAGUUAUAGAUACCAGAUUGAAAUACUCACUCCAGCAGUUCCCAGUCUUACCAUGUAAAAAAGUCUGGUUUCUUACAAGAUUUUUUUUUUCCAUAAACAAUUUUAGAUGAAAAGGAUGAUUUAGCUGAGUCAGUAUCAUGAAGUUCUUGUCUCUUCAGUAGUUUUUCAGUAACUUAUCACCAAGCAGCUCAAUCCUUAGAGGGCUGCUGAAGGGUUUGACAGUGUUUGUAAUUUUGUGUGACACAUGCUGCUCACGUUAGCAGGAGUCUGGGGUGUCUGCCAUUUCCCCCACCGUGGCUACUAGUUGCUGUCUCCUUCCUCUCCUUUUUCUUGCCCGGUGAGGUGUGAGCAGAACUCAGGUGAGUGACCCUGUGCAUUGAGGCUGGUAGUGCUGGUGCCUUCAGAGUACAAACACUCAGGAGAAAGCGCUGGUGCCUUCAGCCCUUCUCCACCUUCUCCUGUAACUCGCAGCACUGAGACCUGAAGGCUGUUGCCUCCUCUCUGACCUGCAGUUCUGUAUAACACCCUAGGAUUAUUUUGGGAAGAAGUCUUGGCAUCCCUACUACUGCUAAUGCACCAGGAUCUGCCCUGGGUCCCUUCUGUUAAUUAUCCAUUCUGUCUGAACAGAGCCAUAUUAAUAAUGCACUCUGAACAUGCUUCAAAAGAAAAUUCACCCCUUGAAAAUUCAUAUAUAUAUAUCAAUAACAUUUUGAGAAACAGGAGAAGGCAAGAGCUUUGACUUAGUUAAAGCUGAUGGGUGAGAAAAGGGAAACUAGGUAAGGAGAGAGUUGUUUGCACAGCUCCUUCUGCCCUGGUUGAACAGCAGCCAUCAACGCUGUGGAGGAUGGUUUUUCAAGCAGUGCUGUUCCUGGCUGGUCUUAAUGAACGUGUAUUAACAUCCCUGGAUUGUUUUGUGUGUGCUUUAAAAAAGAAAG